AAGAAGUUAGGGAGUGGUUGUAUGGCGUGGAUGCUGAAGUCAUUUUGCUUUUUGGGACACGCCCACUAAUGCGACCAAAACAAACGGCGAAUACAAGUUUUAAAUGGUGUUUUUAAUGAAAUAAAACAAUGUCGUGUUGUGCUUAUGGUUGUACGAAUAGGCUAGCGAAAAAGCAGACGGGAAUUACAUUUCACAAGUAAGUUUAUAUCAAACCAGGGCCCUAUUUCAUAAACACAGUAAUAAUAUUAGUUCCUAAAUAGUAGUGAAAUAAAAAGUAGCUAUUAGUGUAGAAAUUUGUGUUUCAUAAACAAAGUUGAAGGACUGCUAAAAUAGUUCACUAAUUUUAUUAGUUUAAUAGUCAGCUGAUGUUGGUGGGUGAUAUUUGAUGUUUACAUUUUUGAACAUUGUGUAAAAAUGGCUAAAAGAGAACUUAAAAACAGGAAAUAUGAAAAAAUUUUGAGAAUAGAGAUGUUCUGUUUGGUGCAUUUUCUGGCACUUUAACGAAAGAUGUGAAGAAGUUAUGUUAGACAGAAAUUCGUGAUUAUGUAGUAGCAAUCGGUUUAGUCACAAACGACAAAGACUAAGCCAAUUGACCUACAGACAGUAGCUUUUUAGAAACAUUGUGCAUGUCUGCUAUGCAGUGGUAUUGCACACCACUGCCAAGCCAUUGUAGUGCUAUUUGCAGUGGUUGCUUAGGUGAAAGUGCCUGGUUCCGUGCUGUUGGAUGGAAUAAAAAAGGUUCAAUCCUUGUGAGCACAUAAUUAAAAACACCACGUGUUAACCUAAAACGUUCAUUGUACUCAUAUGUUUCCUCUAACAACGUUUAGGUUUUCCUUUCUUGAAAAUGUCUCGGACGUCUUACUAUUACAUCAUCUUCACUUCCACUAGAAUCUGAGGAUUCCAUUUUCAUUGUUAAAUUUUUGUACUUCACAAACAGAUACCACUGCUGUUCUCUAAAAAUUGAUGACUCUUAAAAUGAUUUAUUAUAAAGCCAAGAUUGAUAAAUUUCAGUGCUAAUAAUCAGUGCAAUAUAUUUGUGUUUGAAGUUUAUGAAACACUCUUGAUUUUGAACUCAUUUUAUCACUGAUUAUUAGGAGUCCUACACUACUAGCUACUUUUUUACACUACUAGUUUUAUGAAACCAAACUUAUAAUUAGCAGCUACUUCUAUGACUCCUGACUCCUAAUUAUGAGACUAAUAAGUUUUAUGAAAUAGGGCCCAGGAGCUUCUAUUAUUGAAGUGGUGAGAUGAAUAAGAGAAUACAAGACAUGUCUCAAGAAAGAUGAAAUAGUUAUAGUAGCAGGUGGAAAUUACGUGUUCAAGAAAGAAUAAAAAAAUUCGUGUUGUGCUUAUGGUUGUACAAAUAGGCUAGCGAAAAAGCAGACGGGAAUUACAUUUCACAAGUAAGUUUAUAUCAAACUAGGAGCUUCUAUAAUUGAAAUGGUGAGAGGAAUAAGAGAAGACAAGACAUGUCUCAAGAAAGAAGAUGAGAUAGUUAUAGUAGCAGGUGGAAAUUACGUGUUAAAGAAACAAUCAAAAACUGUGUAUCUCAGUUUGAAAUAUGUAUUACCUUCAUUAUGUAACACAAAGUGGCGGUAUGUACAAUCCCACACAGAUUUGACUUGAUGGAUAACUCAUGUGUAAAUAUAGGGAUAAGGAAAACUAAUGAAAAAAUUCUGACUGUAGUAAGUACAAUUUUGUACGAGUAGGUAUCUUUUGCUGAUGACACAAAUCUUCUUAUAACUCCAGAAAAAUAUUGGAAUUAAAAAAUAAAACUGAAUUUGAAAUAAUUAACUUGAAUAAGUGGUUUGAUGCAAAUAAUUUUAAACUUAAUAUAAAUAAAACAAAAUUUAUUAAAUUUGGUAAUAAAAGACUGCUCGAUCAAAUAUUAUCUGAAUUUCAGAAUCAAGCGAUAAGUCAAACUGAAUCAACUAAAUUCUUGGGCUUACAUAUUGAUGAUAAACUAAAAUGGAAUGAACAUAUCAAUCAAACUAUUCAUAAAUUAAGUAAAGCUUGCUACGCCCUCAGAAUUCUUAGCCAAAUUAUAGACAGAAAUUCUCUACGAACUGCAUACAUUGCACUUUUUCACACACACAUGGUAUAUGUAAUUGAAAUAUGGGGUAAGUGUAGUAAUAGUAUUAAAAUUCUUAGAUAGCAAAAAAAAGCCAUAUGUAUUAUAUGUUUAGCUGAUACAAGAGCCUCAUGUAAACCUUUAUUUACUGAGUUGAAUAUAUUCCCUUUUUUUUCGUAAUAUAUUUAUAGGUUGCUCUUAUUUGUAAAAUUGUAAAUAAUUUUGUAGAAUCUGAACAUACUGGACCAUAUAUCACAAGAUAUAACUAUAAACUGAAACCAAAAUUCCACACUUAAGAGGUAUAACACUAUUUAAUAAACUACCUAAAGAAAUUAUAUUACUACAAAAUUUUAAUGAAUUCAAAAAAGUUGUUAGAGAAUACAUCAAAGGAAAAAAAUAUUUAUUUAGCUGGUGACAAUAUAAAUAAUAUGUAAUUUGCUGUAUAAUUAAUAGGACACCCUACAAAUGAUUCAGAGUAUAUUAAAUGAAAAAUAUGUACUGUUUGUUGUGUUGUGUAAAUUGUGAAAAUUAUAAAAUUUGUGAUUAUUUGUUGAAAGUGUAGAUUAGCAAAAUUCAUUAUAAUUGUAAACUUGAUUAUUUUAUUGCAAUUUUAACUAUGUUUAAUUUUUGUUUAUAAUGUGACAAGGUCAAUAUCCCUUGAGCUGUUGGCUCAUGUAGGGAUCUGCAGGUGGAUUAAAAAAAAUAAAAAAAAUGAAAUAAAAUUGAUUGUGUUAUCUGCAUGAAACCAUAAUAUAUUUUCCAUUGAUUUUUGUUGUCCAAAUUAUAUACAUUUAUGUAAUGUCUUGUUAUUUGUUAAUAAAUUAUAGUUUUUACUUCAGUACGUCUUGUUUUGUAGUUGAUUUCGCAUAAUUUCACACUAUUUUAAAUUUGCAACACUGUGCUACCAGCUUGCUUUUACCAAAGCCCAAUAAUGUACCAAUUUUAUCGUCGACGAUUAUAAGACUUAACUUAAAAAAUAUGGUGAGGAAAUGGAUGAGGAGAAGUGAUUUAAUCUGUAAAACAUUUCACUUUUAGUUUUAUGCAGUGUGGUUUAGUAUCAUUUUGUUCUAAAAUUCCCUCGGCGUAACUUUUCCGUAAUUAAAGUAAUAAAAAUCAAUUUCGAAAAUAUUUCUUUCGAAGUAGUCAAAUGUGGAUAGUGUUUGAUUAGGCUAGGUUAGUAACAACACUAGAUUGUAGGUUAGGUUAGUAUAGCUACAUUAAAAAUGCUGUAAAAUAUUUUUAGUGUUUUUCAGGAAUUACCAAUUUAAGAUGUACCAGUUGCCAGAGGGAAAUGCUGAAAAUUCAUUAAUUGCACAGAAAGAUAGAGGUGGAAUAACAUACCUGUCUAAGGACGUGCAAAGUAUUUGUAAGACGAAAAUACAUUUUUUUCCUCUUUGAAUCAGCAUAUGCAUGACAUGUCCCCAUUGAAUAAUCAUAUUGUUUAUUUGACAAAAGCAGUUUCUGAUAAGUAUGUUUGUAUAAGGUUCAAUUAUUUUGCUAAGAAUAUAAUUUAAACUAGUGAUUCUGUUCAAAAGAUGUUUACGAAGACAAUUUUGUUUAAGGGUCAAUGAGAAUUUUUGCAGUCAAACUUCUAGUAGCUAUGUAUGCAUUCUUCCUUUUGAGCUUCAAGUGAUCUUGUUAUUCCAUUCAAGAAUAACUGUUUUACCUAUUACAAAUCAGAAACAUAAGUAUUUUUUGUAUUUAUAUGCAGUCUUAGUAAGUAUUGAUUGGUUAUUGCUACAUAGUAUUUAUGUGUGUCAUCAAGUAAGGGAAACCAAGAAAAAAUCUUGACAAAAAUAAUUAGGUUUCCUAGAAAAAAUUUCUAUGAACUAAUUUUUGCAAAUCUAUAGUUGAAUGGAUAUGAAUAUUAGGGAAAUUGUGGGUAAAUAUUGCCCCCUAUGAGAACAAAAAAUACAAAAAUAUAAUUUUCGAUUUAAAUAUAUCUUCACUAGCAUUUUAUAAUCCUCACUGAUCUCAAAGAAGCUUAAGGCACACAUUCAAGGCUAAAAUUGUGGGAUGAAAAAUAAUUAAAACGUAGACAGUAUAAAUAUAUAACACUUGGAAUCGCUAUAGUAAAAAAUAAAAGUUGCAAAUGUAAUCACUGCAACAUUGCUGCAGGUAGGCAUGUGUGCCCUCUGUUAUUACUGUUACUUUACAGUACUGGCUCCUAAAGUGAAAUAUUCGUGCAAAGGACUAAUUUAGCUCUGAAGAAACUACUGGUAUGUUUACUAUUGCGUGGCCACUGCAAUAAAUAAAUAAAUAUAUAAAUAAAAUGCAAAAGUUGUAGCAUGUACAAGUUAAUAUAGACGUGUGGGCUCGUGACAGCUAAUCCAUCCAUACACAUAGGCCUAAUAAUUAUGACGAGAAUUUAAAUAUCAGUUAAUUUGUUCAUUUCGUUUACAGUAACAUGUAGGUAAUAAGCUAAUAUCUUUAACAUUGUAAUAGUCCGAUAAAUGAAAUGACGAAAAAAAACCUUCUUUAAGCACAAAUAAUGUAAACAAGGGUACUAUAAUGUUAUUGACAUAACAUACUGCCUUAAUAACAUCAAUGCACCCUACCUGAAUGCUGUUAAGUAAGCAAUAAAUUAAUUUUAUAACCCAUUUCGUCAUUACAUAUAUCGGGAUUUAUUGCCUUAUUUCUACUAAAAAAUCACACGUUACAGUCUUGCAACAUAACAUUAUAUUUCAUUUCAUAAUCUUAACAAGAUAAACUUGCACAUAUACGCCGUUGGUAGCUAAUAUCGGAUUAACAAAAUACAGUAUUCUGCAUUUAAAUGCAUUGCAACCAGUGAUGUUUUGCUCUCACAAGGGGGCGUGGUCGUUUUUUGUUUUUGUUUUGACUUCAACUGUUAACACAGCAGAGAUUACACACACCUACUCCCUAACUUCUUAACUCCAUGGUUGCCACAUCUAACUACGUGACCAUGUAUCGUAGCAUUUAAGUUGAUAUUCAGACACACUAAGCGCUACAAUAGUGCCCGGGACCCUAGUAUUUUGUUCCACGCAAUAAGCAGUUUGUUUUCUAUGGUGAUCUAAAAAAAAUAUUUUUCUUUAAAUUAAUUGUCCCUGUGAAAGGUGUGAUGGACAUUGGGGAUGUUUGAAUAGUGUUAUAUCGGUAAACGAUUACAUUCAUCUUUCAAAAUGGCUAGCUGCUUACGCACUGUUUCAACAAUGCGUCAACCUGUUUCUCAGCUUGUUUCAAGUCGGCAACAUGUUGGACUGAGCGGUUCAAUGAAAAUUGAGCCGCAUUCUUUUUCAAAAUGCCAUUUAUUAAAAAAGUUCCUGAUGACUCGGACCACGCCCAGUUCUCCGCUGUGCUGCAAGAGAAAGGUGCGUCCGGGCUGCACGUACACACUGCUCAAGAGGUACGCAGCGGUGAGCGCGGAAGCCAGCAGUUGCACGGAGUCCCUCGGAUGGCACGAGGGCGGCGCCGGGAAGCUGUACCUCGUCCUGGAUGGUCACUCGCUCUGCGGCGAGGCUCGGCGCGCCCCCGGGCCGGUCGUUCUGGCCGUGAAGCCGUUCGCGACGGCGUCGGACGACAUCCUCCUGUGGGAUGUGGCCGAGACUCGGGAGACACGCACGCUGCUGUUCGGUGGUGGAGACGCCGCCAACGCCCCGAGAGGAGCUCCCGAAUCAUCGGGGAAGCCAUCGGAGGGGCAGCUGCUCAGAGUGAAAGAAGUUCUGGCAGAUUCCCUUCCAAAAUUGUUCGUUAAGCCACUGGAGUAUUCUAUUUAUCACCCAAACAUCGUGUUUGAGAACAACAUAACUGGCAAGAGGACAGUGGGACUUGCAGAAUACAUGAAGCAGAUGUCUUUUCUGAAGAUAGUAGGACACUUCAAAUUUGCAUAUGUGAACUUAGAAAUCCUCAAAAUAUCAAUGCAUCCUGAAGAUUCGAGUGUCAAAGUCAGGUGGAGAAUCAAAGGCAUUUCUGGGUUAAAGGUUUUCAUCACAUUCUGGAAAUUCAAGUUGUGGAAAAUUAAAGAAAUUUUUGAACAGCAAGAAGCAUGGUAUGAUGGUUUCUCGACAUUUUACGUGGGACAAGAUGGCCUAAUUCACAAACAUGUGGCAGACAAGAUGAUGCCGGACAGCGACCGAGCGGUGGACGAGCAGAAGACUGAUGUGACGGCCAAGCUGGCGUUGUUCACGGGCCUGGUGCCCUCGCUCGGUAACAGCUUCCCGCUCGCGUUCCUCUCCGCUGUCGGACGUCAUCUUCCCAGUGCACAGGCUAGAGUAAAAUAGGUCUUGUUCUUUGUUGCUGUUGGAGGUUGUAGGUUCGCUGCCCAGUGUGUGCAGUAGAAUUGAGGUUAUGGCUGUGUCGAGUUGGCAAGCGUUGUUUCAAUAGUGCCCUGCUUCCCCUCCUUACAGAAGAAAUCACCCCAAGAUGUUUUCUCACAGUUUAGAUGUAUACGUCCGUGUGUACAUUUUACAUAUUUUUGGAGAACAUAACUUUGUCUUUGGUCUCGCACACUGUGUUUAUUUUUUUAGUUUGUCAUUACUUUUUAAGGGCCAUUUUUAAAAUUAUAAUGCAAUAUGAUCCUAGCAUGUGGUGUUUGAGAUCAAGCUGUAAGUAAAAAUGGUUCAUUUCAAAUUAGUAAAUAAAAUAAUGUAAUGCUACUUAAGUUUACAAAGGUAGAUUAAAAACAAAUGCUUUGAUGUCCAUAAAAUUCUUAUUUGUUACCUAAUUUCACAAUUAUUGUUGUACCUAAAAGAUACAUGUCUUCUAUGUAACGAAUGCAUUAUUGACUUUUCGACAUAUCCCCAUCCCUUUCCAUGCUCUGGGAAACUAGGGAAAUCAGGAAACAAAAAAAAAAGUGAUGGUCAUGGAGGCAUUAGUUUUUAAUCAAGUUUUGUUAAUGUAAUUAUGUAAAGAAAUCACAUACUUUAAUUCACACAGCCAAUGAUAAGCUAGUACCAAAUCAGAAGAGACAACUCUGGAAAUUUAAUUGCUAAAUGCUUCAAAACUGUAAAUUUUUAAUCACUUUCGAGUCCAUCCUGAAAAAAUUAAUUCAUUCCCUGGAAUUAAAUACAUUCUUUUGUAAACAUUUCCUGCUUUCAAUCCUCAUGUUUCCUUUUUCUCCUGUGAGCACACCAGUAGUCAAUUUGACACAGGGUCUGUGAACAUAGUUACAGUUAGGUAGCCAUUGCUUUGCUGACGAUAGCCCAUUGGCAGUGUAGUGUUUUCUGCCAUCAGUUUUAUAUGUGAUUGAUAAGCACACAGUUUUAAAGGUUGUUAACUUGAAAUUCAAGCUUAAGUCCUUUGUGAUUGCACUGUAGUCUGGCUAUGCAUAUACAUAUAUAUGUGUUAAGUUUCUCAAAAGAUUUUUUUUUUUUACAUCAGCAGUAUUACUGUCCAAAGCCAUGAUGAAAUGUUUAACUAACUUUUGAAAUUUGACUGCUGAGCUGGCCUCAGAUCAGAUUCCUUUAAUUUUUGUCAUAAUUGCAUUGAUGUAUUAAGUGAUGCUGUGAAGGGUUGGUAAGAAAACUAAUUUGCAUAAUAAUUGAUUGUAAUGUGUACAACUUUUUUUCUAAUUUAUUUCUGUUAUAUAUACUAAGUGGUCUGAGUUGAAACAGUACCAUUUGCUCUCUAUAUAACAACAUUGUACCAUAGUUGUUUAAUAAAUGUUAUGUUUUCACAUCAA